AUGCAGAACAAGCUUGCGCUUGCACUUGGUGCUUCCGUGGCAGCCAUAUGCUAUCCCAACGAAAACUCGUCUUGGCUAAAGCUUGUUUUUUCUCUUUCCUCUUUUCCUCUUUUCCUCUCCUUCAUUCCUCUUUCCCAGCUCUACGACUCGCCGGUUGCGGAGGAGACUGAGAACAAAAUGAAAGAAUAUAUGACAACUGGACGGCAACAGAAUCGUGAGACACUCCGUUUCUCCGACAAGAUCGCAGUUUACCAAGGUCGUAGCCCUGCAAAUGCCGUGUAA